CGGAGAAUUCUUCUCAUUUCCAUGAGGAAGGGAAAUUCGAGAUAGGCCCUGAAACCCAGAAUUUUCAGCAACUGUUCCUACUUCAGCAGAAAAAUUGAGAACAAAGACUUUUUCAGAAACCAGUUUUUGCUCUGGAAGGAACAGCUGUUUAGAACAGACUGAAGACCAAGGGAGCAUCAGACAAACAGCUCAAAUCUCCUCGAGAACUUAAUAGCGGGAGAACUUGGAUAAAAGUCACAGCAGGAAGAGCAGAGUCUUUACGCGGGCUGAGAAUUUCCCUCAGCGGAGGGAACAGCAAAUCUUAUCAUGUUUGGUUACCCAUCAGCUGAAGCAAAGAGUUGGCUCCACAGAGGCUAUGGGAACCCUCAAGGGGCCACAGGACAGCUGAAGAGUCGUUUGGAGGAUCUGAAAAAGCCCUGGCGGACAGAAAUCACUCCUUCAACAUUACAGCACAGUGAAACUGCUAGACUGGCUGUGGAUGCCUUUCUGGAGCAAGGUGAAUCUGGCUAUCGGCAAGCCAUUGUUCAAGAAAAGGAGCUGCCAUUUCUUUCCACGUUAGACAUGGAUUAUAUGAACCAACACAGCCAAAGCAUCAUAGGGUCCCCAAUUAAGGGACAUGAGGCAGGUCUCACAAGAGAAGACAGUGCAGACAGAGUUUCUCUCCUCUCUGGAGUAACAUCUGGGACCUACUUUCCAUUUAUGUCGGACAUUGAUCCCCCGGAGUUGGAGCUGGGUUGGCCAGUGGUGCCCCCCGUUUCAUGGUUUGAGAAAACAGAAGUCAAUUUGUAUUUUCAAAGAGACAAGGCAAGCAACGUUAAGGAAUUAUUUCGAUCUCUAAUAAGCAAGGCCAAGAGAGUGAUCGCAAUUGUGAUGGAUCUCUUCACAGACAUGGAGAUACUCAGUGACCUAAUGGAAGCAUCAGGCAAACGACAUGUUCCCGUUUACUUGAUCCUUGAUGAAAAGAACUUGAAUCAUUUUGCAGAGAUGUGCAGUAAAAUGGAUCUCACCAUGGAAGACUUCCCAAACAUGCGCAUACGCUGUGUGAGUGGAGACACAUACUACAGUAAGGCUGGCAAGAAGCUUGCAGGACAAGCUCUUGAGAAAUUCAUGAUGAUAGACUGUGAACAAGUGCUUGCGGGAACCUACAGUUUUACAUGGCUGUGUAGUCAAGUCCACACCAGCUUGGUAAUACAGUUCAGAGGAAAACUUGUAGAGGACUUUGAUAGAGAGUUCCGAUGCAUAUAUGCUGAAUCAAUAUCUGUGAAUAAACUCAGUGCUUCCAGUGGUGAAGGAUCCACUUCCUCUCCUCACAGAAAUUUGCAGAAAACUGAGCCAGUUUUAAAGCAUACUCAAAUGAAUGAGAGUGAAUAUUCAAGCCCUUCAAGUAGCUCCUCCAACUCCAGCAUAGUAAGUGUAAAAAGAUCACCAUACCGAAACCAAACAACCUCCACUGUACCCUGUGAACAGAAAGAACUGGCUCCUGGUGAAACAAGAAAAGAUGCACUGGGCUUCCUGAGGCUUUGCGACUUGAAACACCAGAACAGAGAGCUGCCAAACUCUAGUUACAGCACAUCAAUUAAAUUGAAUUAUCCAUUUGAUGACACAUCUAAUCUUCUAAGACUUAAGGCAUCUUUGGUGUCAGUAUCUUCACCAAUGCUAGACACCAAUGCAAGAUAUGGGUAUGAUUUGCAGCUUGGGACUGAGGAUACUGGAAUAAACAACAAGUUUCUCUAUGCUGCUCAGCCUAUGGAAGAUUUAAACAAAACACAGAAGGAUGAGAAACCAGUAACUCACAGAUAUACCAAACUAGAUCUCCUUAGCAAGCCUAUUAAUCCACUAAAUAGUGAGAUAAGAUACACAGUUCCCAGUCCUUCUGGCCUCUGUGAUGAUGGACCGACGGAAAACAAAAGCCACAUACAUAGGAAUGAGAAAAGGAUGACUCUCGGUCACAGUAAAUUGGAUCUAAUUACUAACUAUAAUAAAUCAAAAGGAAAGCAAAUCCACAGCAGAUUUGAACUGUAAUCUGUAUUCUGGGGUUUUAGCAAGUGCAGGUAUGACAUCUGUAAUAAUAAAAAUAUGGAAGCUCAACAACCCAUAUUUUUAAUGGGUACAGGUUCCAGAUUUGGCAGAGCAAAAGCUGAGAAGGCAUCAUAAAGAGUAUGAAAAACAGAAGUGUGAGAUGAACUGUUCUCUGAUAGUGGAGGCUUCUAUAAUGAAUUAAACAGUAAUAUAUGAUGAAAGCUUUAAAAAAAAUGUAAGUGGACUUCUUUGAAUGGUUAACAAACAAAUGGUUCUUAAAAUCCAUGGAGGGACAACCACAUUUCCUGACACAGCUUGAAGAUAAGGAACAUCAUUCAAAGAUACUAAAGGACAGGCAGAUGCUGCACUUAAUCCUCCUCUUUGGCAGGUCCAGACAUCUCACUUUACCUAUUAAAGAUAGCCUUGCACAGCUCCUUAUCUGGAGCGGCUACAGAGAGUAAUAGUGAGGAUAUGCAGAAUCUGUACUUUGAAAGGUCUGUCCUCUGGUCACCUCUCCUAUGCUACUCCUUCCGCACUUCUGUUCCCUUCUUUUCUUGAUGUGGCACACAUGUAUUAAUCUGCAAUGUGCAAUGUACAAGAUAUAUUUUUAAAAAACAAACUAAUUUGUUAUCCUGCUGUAGGUGCAGAAAUAUGAAAUUACAUGAAACCACUAUUUAAAUCCCUGUGCCAUGUCAAUCACUGCCUCUCUUUCUGCAAUAAAAUAUUUUCUUUAAAAAGAAA